UCUAACACCUUUGCGGCGGGCAAUGCAUAGUAACUCUGCGGCGAAUUCCCCUCGCGGAACUCCCUCCCGUCGAGGAAAAUCACCUAAAUCAUCGACGACUCCGAGUCCCGCGCAAUCUUCAUCGGUCUCUUUCCACCCAGAAGCGGCCAAUAAUUCCACCAGCUCCUUCUUUUCUUGUAUUAGCAUUCCAGUAGAGGGUGCAGUACCCAUUGGAAAUGUUUCUUCUCAGGAGAAAUUACCUACUCCAGAUCUCGAGACCUCACCCUCAAGCGAAUCAAAGAGGGCACCUCGAAAGUCGAAAACAUUUGCAUUGGCUGCCCUUAAUAGUCAUGUGAGGGAUGAUCUAGUUGAUGUAGAUGAAACGACCACUUUGAGCGCUUUGGAAGAAAAAUACCGCCAAUCCGCCCCAAUUCCUGUCACUCCAACUCUUGAUUUAUCGACCGUCAAGAGAACCAGUCCUCGUCAUUUCUCGCAUCCCCGAACUAUUCAAAGGCCUUUUGGAUUGCAGGAUUGCCCUGAAUAUUUUCCAUCUGCGGAGGAAUUUCAGGAUCCCAUGGCAUAUAUAAAGUCGAUUUCAGCAGAAGCCAAAGAAUUCGGCAUUUGCAAAAUUGUACCUCCUGAGGGAUGGAAAAUGCCUUUUGUCACAGACACCGAGCGAUUUAGAUUUAAGACACGAUUGCAGCGACUCAAUUCGAUUGAGGCGUCAUCUCGAGCGAAGUUGAAUUUUCUCGAGCAGCUCUAUCGCUAUCAUAAGCAGCAAGGCAAUCCACGUGUGGUUGUGCCUACUAUCAACCACAAACCGCUAGAUCUGUGGCUUCUGCGGAAGGAGGUGCAUAAAAUGGGCGGCUAUGAGGCGGUAACCAAAGGGAAGAAGUGGCCCGAUGUGGCUCGCAUACUUGGAUACACCAGCGUUCAAGGUCUCUCGACCCAAAUCAAGAAUUCAUAUGCCCGAGUGAUUCUUCCUUAUGAAGACUUUUGCGAGCGGGGUCGAAAUACACCUUUUUCCCCUCCACAAAACUCCAAUUCCAAGCCUCCAAUACACAUUCAAACUCCUGGAAAGGCGCCUCGUUCCAGCGCCACUCCGGCCGAAGAUGACAGCACUGUCUCCAGUCCCCUUACUGCAUCAUCCAGCCCUCUUUCUGAACCUCCAGAUGAAAGUGAGUUGAAGGAACAGGGGCCUCGUCCUCGAAGGAGUAUCAGACAAGAUUCGUUCGAUCAGACUAGUCAUUCGCCUCAGAAAGCAACUCCAGCACCCGCGCUUGCGCCUUUCUUGCCGGUGCCGACGUACUUUGAUGAGAAACCAGUCAUAAAGGCCCGCGAAGCUGGUAAUGAGCAUUGUGAGAUAUGUGGCAAGAAGAACAGAGGAGAACAGAUGCUACUUUGUGAUGGAUGCGAUUGUGGAUUUCAUAUAUUCUGCUUGGAUCCGCCGUUAGACUGUCUUCCCAAGAGCGAGCAUUGGUACUGCUAUUCAUGUCUUUCUAGAACUGGAGGAGAUUAUGGCUUUGACGAGGGAGAGGAACACAGUUUGUCUAGCUUCCAGGCUCGAGACUUGGAAUUCCGACGAAUGUGGUUCAAAUCACAUCCUCCUCCUCCUCAACCCGCCGCGAUGAAAGAUGACCCAACCGCUUUGCGCUUCGGGGACAUAACUGUUUCCGAGUAUGAUAUAGAGAAUGAAUUUUGGCGCUUAGUACAAUCAACCAACGAGACUGUUGAAACGGAAUACGGCGCUGAUAUUCACUCAACAACUCACGGAAGUGCAAUGCCUACGCUUGAAACACAUCCGCUGGACCCUUACUCCAAAGACCCUUGGAAUUUGAACAACAUCCCGGUUGUUUCUGAUUCGCUCUUACGAUAUAUCAAAUCAGAUAUUUCUGGGAUGACGGUGCCUUGGACUUACGUUGGUAUGGCUUUUUCAACGUUUUGCUGGCAUAAUGAGGAUCAUUACACAUACAGUGUUAACUUCAUGCAUUGGGGCGAAACAAAGACUUGGUAUGGGAUUCCAGGAGCAGACGCCGAAAAGUUCGAAGCUGCUAUCAAGUAUGAAGCACCUGAUCUUUUCGAGACUCAGCCGGACUUGUUGUUUCAGCUUGUAACGCUAAUGAACCCGAAGCGUCUGACUGAGGUCGGCGUUCGUGUUUAUGCCUGCAAUCAACGAGCUGGUGAAUUCGUCUUAACUUUCCCAAAGGCUUAUCAUGCCGGAUUUAAUCACGGCUUGAACUUCAAUGAAGCCGUCAACUUUGCACUUCCUGACUGGCUCCCUUAUGGACGGGACUGUGUUCAACGCUAUCGUGCCUUCAGAAAGCUCCCUGUCUUUUCUCAUGACGAACUACUGAUUACCAUAACGCAACAUUCACCUUCAAUCAAGACAGCAAUGUGGUUAGCGGAUAGUCUACGCGAAAUGACAGAUCGCGAAAUAGCCAAUCGUGGUCGAGCUCGCGCUUUAGGAUAUGUCGACUCUCUCGAAGAGCAGGAUCGCCCUGAAGAUCAGUACCAAUGUACUGUAUGCAAAGCCUUCUGCUACCUAUCGCAGAUCUGCUGUCCUCAUCAGUCCAAUGUCGUUUGUGCUGACCAUGCCGAACUCCUCUGCGCCAAGUGUAAUGAUUCAAACUCACUCACUCUACGCACGCGCUUUCCAGACAACGAGAUCAUUGAUAUUCAGAACAAAGUCGCUGAGCGAGCUGCUAUCCCUGCUGCUUGGAAAGCAAAACUGGAUAAACUUCUUUUGGAAUCAGCUCGACCUUCUUUACGUCAACUUCGUUCCCUACUAGCCGAAGGAGAGCGCAUCCAUGUCAAUUAUUUUCUCGAAGAGAUCUAUAUGCUGAGAAAGUGUGUCACUCGUGCUAACGAGUGGGUCGAUUCUGCAAACACUUUCAUUGUUCGAAAGCAGAGUAGGAAACGUCCUCGUCGUUCCAAAGGUCGUUCAGCACAGGAGGGAGACGAAAGUCACGAAAAACCUGAGAAAACCCUAGCCGACCUCUAUGAUUUAUUCCGUGAGGUUGAAAUCCUUGGGUUUGAUUGUACCGAGAUAGCCACCCUCCGUACACUGGCCGAACAAGCUGAGGAGCUCAAGACCGUCGGUACUGCUAUACUUCAAUCACCCCCCGUCAAUCGCAAUCGGGAAGAUUAUAUGCAACAGUGCCAGAAACUCGUCCUCGAUGCUUCAUCGUUGAAUGUUCUGAUUGACGAAGUUGCCGAGGUUGAGAAGAUUGUUGACAAAGAGCAACUCUUAGCGGAACUUGAGGAGAAGAUGGUAGACGGUUUCACUUUGACUCUCGAAGAAGUUCGCCAGCUAUUGAGUCGUAGCCGUGCCUGUCAGUUUCCUCCCGACAACAAGUAUAUCCGCCUUCUGGAAAUUCGGUUGCGCGAAGGUACCAGCUGGGAAGAUCGUGCGCAGGAGGUUCUGCAACAACCAAUUAAAACACUGGAAGACCUCGAUCAGUUUGCUGAUCUAGAUCCCAGCGUACCCAUUGAUCCCUCGGUCCUUGACCGUCUCAUGUCGGCUCGCGACAAAGCGCGUGACUUUGAAAAAACCGCUCAGGGUUGGUUGGAGCCUGGGACUGCUACUAAACCUCGACCUAGUGAUGUCAUUAAAUUGGCCAAACGGGCAGAGAAGGAAUUUAGUCUUCCAACUCUUCUUGAGGUAAAAGGCAUGGCGAAUAUUGCGAAUGAGCUAGAGGACCGCGCCGAGCAAAUCCUGAAGUCCUCGUAUGUUCGUAGCAAUGAGGACGUCUUUCGGUCCGUUCAGGACUGGAAGGACUAUGCUAAUCAGCAUCUCAAGAUCUUCUCAUUGCCCAAGUUUGAGAAAGUCCAUGUGCAAGUAGCUGCCCAUGAAAAAUGGGUAUCUGACCUUCCGUGGUAUUGUCGCAGACAUAAUGGGGCCUACACCCACGGAAAGGAGGUACUUGACGAUGUCAUCGAGUGCACCCGUCCUGAUGAUGACCAACCACCUAACGAUGAAUAUCUUACCUGCAUCUGCAACGUGCCCGUACGUCCUCCUCCCCCAGGUGUCCCUUCCGAUGCUGUUCAAUGCGAUCAUUGUUUCGCUCGAUUUCAUGAAGAAUGUGCGAAGAAUGGAGGAUCUUGUCCUUUUUGUGACCAUUCUCAUUGGACUGGAGACAUCCCCAAAGCCCGUUCUUGGCACUUCUGCUUCUUGCCCAAUCUCCUCAUCAACGCUCCCGAGAUUUCGAAGAAGUACUCAGAGGAAUGGAAACAACUAGAGGUCAUUGUACAUCGAGUUGAUCGUCUGUCAGCUGUGAUUGGACAGUUUUUAGCUUACACAUCCCAGCCUGCCAAUCAACAUCCCACCUACAUUCAUCAAGUCCGUCACUACAUGCGCAAACUAUACAAGCUACAGUUUGCUGUGUCUCCCAAUCCUAAGGUAUCUUUCGGUCUCGACCUUGCCGGUCUCCAUCGUAUUCUUGCCGGUAGGCCGAAGAAACGCAGAAAGCCAAAAUUCCACUUUGGGCAAGAUUCCGACUCCAACUGGGCAGAUGGAACACGGUGUAUCUGUCGAGGCCGCACACCCUACUUACUUGGUUAUCCCGCUGUUGAUUGUGAACAAUGCGACAGACGCUAUCAUGCUGGGUGUGUUUUCUAUAAUGUUGAACAACGUGCAACGUUCGGAAAUCGGCCUAGGCCAUAUAUAUGUCCUUUAUGUUGCCUGCGGAGGAAUAAAACCUAUCCUUACUCAGAAGUACGGGUCAAGCCCCCACCCGAGGACACUGCUCAUGCGGACUAUUAUGUUGACACAAAAGAAAUGCUGGACACCUUCAGCAAAACUAUAAUUUACAAGGCGAUGGGCCAGCCUUAUACCCAGACCUUGUUUGUUGAGCUCCUAAAGUUCACACCAGGACAACCAGACACCCAUGCAGGAGGCUCUGCCCAGCCGCCUUCUUCUUCUGGCCCUCGAGCAUCGAGCAUCGAAGUUCCUGGACAACAUCUAGUGCCUCCCCCUACGCAUGCACCUGUCGCUUUACCUCCGCCCGUUUCUGUCAGUGCUUUAAACGCCGUAACCAAUGUAGCGGUCCAGAAUGUGCCCCCGCCGCCUUGGUCAAGAUGGAGUACUGUUGCGACUCCAUCUCGGCCUCCCUCUAUAUCCAGAAGACACGAACUUCCCCCCGUUUCUCUAUUAUCACAGGAGCACCAGGAUACUCGGAAACGCAAGCAUGUAGAAGACUCUACCCGUGAAGAUCUACUUCCUCCUAUGUCCAGCUUGACUGAGCCUGCUGCAAAGCGACGAAUCAUUUUGCCUCCCGUUCAUCACCAGAAUCCUCUGCCUCCAAUUCAAUCACAUCCUCCCCGGGCGUCUCACCCGCCUCAAACUCGAACGCCUGUGCUUCCCCCACCGACGCCUCAGAAUCAAAGUCUUUCACCGUCUUUGGCUCGGUUAAUGUCACCUGUUGACCAAUCUCCUAGAUCACAGUUCUCUCAUGCGCAUUCAUCGAAUGGUAUGAGCACCAGGCUUGAAACUCGACAUGACUCUCCUCUCAUGAGACCAGGUGGUGUGGAUAUCCUUAACUCUCCACCAAUGCGCGGUCUUGACAGGGAUGUGCCGCGAUCGAUUCGUAGCAAUGACCCGACCACACUUCCUGGUCCCUCUACUUCACGAAACAGGCAUACGUCUCCGUUGAUCGAGAGGGAUAUGCGCGGUAGUCCACCUCUUGGUGCUCUGUCUAUCGUCAAUGGUCGCCACAAGCUGCUUGCGUCUCCGUUAAUUGAGAGGGAUGGUACGCGCGGAGGUCCGAAUGGUCACGAUAAAGUUCAUAGGUCCCCAGUCGUGCGUAAUGGAUAUGCCAAUCCUCAGACUUCACUCGCAACAGGCAUUGACGCACCUCCAAUACGAAAAUUGAUGAUGUCUCCUGGUAAACCUUGAUUUUUUCCCCUUGCCUUUCCAUUCAACUCGAUAUAACCCUUUGUUGUUUGCUUUGCCGAUGUAGUCCUUAUUAUAGUAAUGAUUAUGCUUUCCCGAUUUUUUACAUAGGGCGUAGGUGUUCUGUGAACAAUCACAGCGUGUAGUCCCUUUGAUUUGUAGGAUACAAUUUUAAUUUUCAAACUAUGCAUUAUAUUUCGGAGCUUUGAGGUCCUGCUAUGUACCUAAUGUUCACGGUUCAAUCCAGUAGUAGUACUGCUAAAGGUGGAAGCACAGGCAAUAUAUAUAUAGACAUCGGAAGUAAUGUGUAACGUUGGUUUUCUUAUCCUUGAUUGUACACACUGGCAGACACUUGCAC